AUGGAGGCGCAGUUCGAGAAAUGCUGCGGCCUGGGCACUUCGUGGGCAAUGGAAGGGCUCGGGUGUGAAAAGUUCACGGGUCCGGUAUCCGGUGUGCCGACAGUGGAGCAAGGUCUCUGCCUGGAGGCUGUGGACAUUUGUUGCGUGAGAGCGUACCACGAGCGACACUGCGACAAAGGGAAGUCGGAUGCACGUGCUGGGCUGGCAUGUGUCACCAGUACCAAAGCGAAACGCACAGGGCCCGGCGAUUAUCAUCGCGACUGCUGCGAAGCCUGCAAAUUAGGUAUUUUGACCGGGUCCAUGGGUCAAGGAUGCGCAUUCAAAAGUUUCGCGUUCGGAAAUCCAUGGGAUGCAGCGUUUUUGGAGUGUUGCUACGAGGCGUCACCUAGCACCACGACAACGUUCAUAUCGGAAUCGACGAAUUCAACGUCAACGAGCGAGAAUACCGAAAGCUCAUCGUCCUCCUCGUCUACCUCACCGGUAUCGUCUUCUUUCACGCCCUCUACAUCGUCCACGGAGACAUCAGAAUUUUCUCCCUCGGUUCCGACACCUCCCCUAGACGAUAUCUGUCAAAUUAUGAAGGGAAUGUUGUGUUCCGAUAUUUGCGUUCCUACGCCGGGAUCUUAUUACUGCAAAUGCCGCGAUGGUUUCACUCUAUUGGAAGACGGGAAAACUUGCACGCAAGACCUGCCGUCAGACAGAUGUAAAACCAGUAAUCCGUGCGAGCAACGAUGCACGGACAAUGGGGUCGCGGUAACAUGCAGCUGCAACCCUGGUUACGUAUUGGCGAACGAUAAACAUUCUUGCAUUCCCAAGUCACCCGACAAGAAGAGCACCGAACCAACCGAAGACGCCGAUUUGCCCAUUUGUCCAGCUGGUUACCGUUACAACGCUACCAAUCAGGUCUGCGACGACGUGAACGAGUGUAUAGAAAAAGGACUGUGUCCUGGUCGGUGUGAAAAUACUAUAGGAUCUUAUGUAUGCGCGUCGAAAGACGCGUCGAACAAUGUGCCUUACGAGAACUGUCCACCUGGAUACCAAUGGGAACCAGCUACAGGUCUUUGCGCAGAUAUUGAUGAGUGCAUUAUAUUAUCAAACCCAUGCCCCGCUGACAAAAACUUCUGUGUUAAUACACAAGGUAGUUACAGUUGCCUUGAGAUGAAGGGAACAAAAUCUUGUCCUGCUGGAUUUAAAUUUGAUAAACUAUCACAACAGUGCAAAGAUGUAGACGAAUGUGCAGAAGGUAUUCAUAGUUGUCUCGAGAACAGUGAGGAAUGCAGAAACAUUGAAGGUGCUUAUGAAUGCGACAUAAAAUGCAGGAAAGGUUUUACCUAUAACAUCAAUUUGGGUACCUGCAUUGAUGUAGAUGAAUGCGUCGAGUCUACUAAUCCUUGCCCAGAAUCGAAUACCAUGUGCAGAAACACGAUCGGUGGUUACGAGUGUACACCGUCGAAUAAUUCGACGUUUUCACGGUAUUCAAUGGAUCAGAAAACAGAACCAUCGGUUUGCCCCGCGGGAUACAAACCGACAGACAAUCCAAAAGAAGCCUGCACCGACGUCGAUGAAUGCAAGGAGCAAUUGCACUCCUGCGACGUGAACGAACAGUGUGUCAACGAAAUCGGUAGUUACAGAUGUGACUUACUGAACCAAGAUGAUGCAGUUUCGGAGGAGAAGACCGAAAAUAAUUUCGCGUAUGAAAGAGAAUAUAAACAACAAACUACUGAUCAUUUACAAGCGAUCUCCCCAACUGAUAAUCGAACAGUGGAUUGCGAAUCAGGAUUCGUUUUCGAUCAAGCAAGUUUGGACUGUAUUGAUAUCGACGAAUGUAAGAUUGGCUUGGCGAAUUGUGGAAUUGGGGAACAAUGCGAAAAUUUCGAGGGCGGAUACAGGUGUUCACCAAUGUGUCCUGCUGGGUUCCAACUGCAAAACAACAGUGACUACUUCAGUAGAAUGGACGUGUCUUGUCAAGACAUAGAUGAGUGUGUACUUGGAUUACACGUUUGUAACGUGACAACCCAGUACUGCGUUAACACGAAUGGUUCUUACUUCUGCGAGACGAUGAUUACAACAACAGAUCAACCUGUACAUGACGCAAGAAAUAAUAAGAUACAGACAAUGGAUCGUUUCUCUUACCUGGAGGCCUGUAAACGUGGCUACACGAGGGACACAAGAACCGGCGACUGUAUAGACAUCGACGAGUGUCAAACAGGACAAGGUUGCCGGGACCACGAACAGUGUCACAACACACCCGGUGGCCACGAGUGUUCGCCACUCUGCACCGCCGGCUGGUACUUCAGUCCCACUACGAAAGGCUGCCAAGACGUGGACGAGUGUUUGUUGGGUAGACACGAUUGCGGCCAAGGCACGCACAUCUGCGUGAACACGAACGGUUCGUUCUACUGCGAGCUGAUCCAACCCUGCGGGAACGGUUUCAAACGCUCCUUGAACGGCAGUUGCAUCGACGUGGACGAGUGCACGGAGGGCCUGCACGCCUGUCGUUUGACGUUGCAUCAAUACUGCGUGAACAAACACGGUGGCUACGAGUGCCUGACCAGGCUACCCUCGUGUCAAACGGGAUUCGAGUACUCUAUGGACACCAGACGGUGCGAGGAUGUCGACGAGUGCAGCACCGGUCGGUACAAGUGCGACGUCAGAUUCUCGGAGAGAUGCGUCAAUCUACCUGGCACAUACAGAUGCGAAAGGCCUACGUCACCAGUCCAGCGUCCACGUCAGAAGCCAGCUUGUCCUUCGGGGUAUAGAUAUCAUCCUCGAUUACGCAAAUGCGCAGACAUAGACGAGUGCGCGGAGGGUUUGGACACUUGCGAAGGUGAGGUAUGCUACAAUCAACCAGGUGGUUACAGCUGCGCGAAGCCUCCGGCCCCGGUCACCAGGAAGCCUCCUGCGACUCCGUUUCCGAUCUCGACGAACCAGAAAUGCGCCGAGGGCACCAGACUCGUCAGGAACCGCAGUUGCGUCGAUAUCGACGAGUGUCGGGAACUGGAGGACGCGUGCAGCAGCAACGAAGAGUGCCUCAACACGAUGGGAAGCUACACUUGCAAUUGCAAAAUCGGCUUCAGACGGGACAAUCUGACGCAGGCUUGCGUGGACAUCAACGAGUGUCAGUUGCGGGAGGACACUUGCCUACCGACCCAGAGGUGCGACAACACUAUAGGCAGCUAUAGUUGCACGCGUUUCUUGCCUUGCGGCACCGGUUACACGUUGAACGCAGCGACCGAGAUCUGCGAGGAUGACGACGAGUGUUUGCUCGGUACACACGACUGCGGAGGGGGCUAUCAUUGCAGAAACACACUGGGUUCUUACCGAUGCGAUCGUAAUCCACGAACUCCGGUCGCACAGCCGAGAAUCGGGCUCGCUACCACCGCGACAACGACGACGACUACCACUACGACCACCGCCGCGACAGUGACUCCUUCGUUAACGCCUCAAACAUCGCCUGAUUGUCCACGUGGAUUCGAGCUAGGCACUGGGAACCAAUGCGUGGACGUGGACGAGUGUCAGGACAGUCGAAACCCAUGUCGCAAAAAUUUACAACGUUGCAUCAACACCGUUGGAUCCUACAGGUGUGUAUCGAGAGUGAUAUGCAGCAGUGGGUACACAUUGGAGCCGUUGUACGGAAAGUACUGCGUGGACGUAGACGAGUGCGCGGAUGGCAGCCACGAGUGUUCGCCCGAUCAAACCUGCGAGAACAGAAUCGGCGGUUAUAUUUGCGUAUGUCCACCCGGACACGUUAACGGGCCGAACAAAGAUUGCGUAGAUAUCGACGAAUGCAGCCUCUACGGCAAUAUAUGCGGUACGAACAGUCGCUGCGAGAACACGGUCGGCUCAUACCGGUGUGUUUGUCGCGAUGGCUUUGAAAAUGUUAGCGGUUUCAAUGGGGCUUGCGAAGAUAUUGACGAAUGUCAGCGAACUCCUGGCUUGUGCCAGCAGAAGUGUGUGAAUAUACGGGGUUCGUACAGAUGCACAUGCGAUCCUGGAUUCCGACUGAACGCUGACAAUCGAUCUUGUACGGACAUCGACGAGUGCACAGAGUUCAAAAGUAAUAAUCUGUGCAUUGGAAUUUGCGAGAAUACACCUGGAAGCUACGCUUGUAAGUGCCCGCACGGUUACAGACUUGGAUACGACGACCGCAGCUGCGAAGAUAUCGACGAGUGUAAAGCGGGACCAGUCUGCAGAGGAUCAGAUGAGAUUUGUCAUAAUACCAGAGGCAGUUAUCGCUGCAACAGAAUAAACUGUCCUUCGGGAUAUCAUCACGAUCACGACAGAAAGAACCGAUGUGUACGAUCGACCCCUUGCUACGCCGGCGACUUCACCUGUCUGAAGUUACCGUCGCAUUACUCCUACAAUUACAUCACCCUCGUGAGCAUGCUACCGAUCGCGCCGGACGGAUCGGAGGAGCUAUUCAAGAUGAAGGGAUACCCUGUACCUCGCUCGACGAUGCAGUUCAGCAUGGCGUUCCUGGAGGCACGUGCUCCACCAGGUGUUCAACGAGCAACGGAAUCGUGUUUCGCUUUGAGGAGAACAGCACCGACCAAUGUUGUUCUAGUGAUGACACGUAGCAUACAGGGUCCGCAGGAAAUCGAACUCGACGUGAUCAUGGAGCUGUACGGCUACGGGUCGCACUUCGUCGGGUCUGCCGUAGCGAAAAUACUAAUUUUCGUCUCCGAAUACGAAUUCUGA